AUGACAGAUGACAAGGACAAAAGAGACGGGAAAUUAAUAAAACAUGAAGGUAGUGGCUUAACACAGACCUCGGAAAAAACGGAGAAGAUAAAGUUGGAAGGUGCCGAUCUGUUUUCAGCCCUGUUGAUUAUAAACACAACGUCGGAUAUAAUACAGGACACCAAUCAAAGGUUGUCUGAACUGCAGUACAUUAGACAGGAUAACGUAAACACUCCACCUUUCGAAGUCGGCUACAUUACCUACGUGAUACAGGAGAAAUAUCGCAAGAUGGUCGAUAAAUAUAACACCAGUUCCUACAUGAGGACCAAGCUGUAUCUGAUGGAGCUUGUGCUGUAUUUGGAGGAGAUCGAAAGACACUACUGGCAGAUCGAGCAUCUGGCUAAUAUGCUGCACGAGAUUGAGAAUAAAUACGCCGUGCCCUAUGGCUUCGGCAGUCCAUACAAUGACGCGGUGACGAAGCAACACUUCAGCAUUAAUUAUCCGACUAUGAGGUGA